GUUAAAACCUCCUCCGGAGUCAGUUUGGAUAAAAAGGUUUUUCUCCCUUCAUGUCUACCGGAUUCUUUCGUCGGUCUUGGACCCCCGGUUUUUCUCUUGGCGGUUAAAGGUUUUCCCGGGAAUUAAACUCCACCAGGUUUGAACGGGACUUUCUCGGAGCAUGGAGCUUCCCGACGCCGUCAGGAAACGUCUGGAGGAUUUUUCCCGUAACGUCCUUUUCGAUCAGAGUCGCACUGAGCAGUUUCCCAAAGACACCGGGGCGUCUUUCCCUCACGAACGCGUUCAGUUCAGCCUGCUGCUCCAGAUGUCUUUGUACUUUAACAUGUGGUUCUUCCCCUGGUGGUGGAUCUGCGAAACGAUCAUGCUUCACCUGAAGUAUCCUGCCCUACCAGACUAUUACAAGUUCAUCCUGGUGACAGUUCUGCUGCUGAUGACGCUGAUCGAGGUCAUCAGACUAUACCUGGGUUACGCUGGGAACCUCCAGGAGAAGGUCCCAGAGCUGGCGGGUUUCUGGCUGCUGAGCAUCCUCCUGCAGUUUCCUCUGGUCCUCUUCCAGCUCUUCAACGAAGCUCUGCUCAUCCAGCCUCUGGAGAGGGCGGUCCACCUGGUCCUCUGCUGCUUCGUCCUCACACAGGCUCUCACAGGCUUCGUGGCGCUGCGGGACAUGGUCAGACACACGGGAAGCCAGUUCCACCUCCGGCAGUUUGAUUGACGUCUGAAGCUUCGCCCCAACGGACCCAAAACCGACCCGUCUCUGGUUCUACAAGCAUUACUGUACAUAUUUAUUUUUGUAUGUCUUGAAAGUGAAUAAAGUGCCUUUUAUUCUA